AUGAAGAAGAUGAGAAGACAAGCAAAACGCGUGUCCCGUAACAAGUCAGAGAAGAAGAGACGCGACCAGUUCAAUGUCCUCAUCAAGGAGCUGGGGACCAUGUUGCCUGGCAUCACARGCAAGAUGGACAAGUCCACCAUCCUGCAGAAGAGCAUCGACUUCCUGUGUAAACACAACGAGACCUCUGCUCAGUCUGAGUCCAGUGAGAUCAGACAGGACUGGAAACCUCCGUUCCUUAGCAACGAGGAGUUCACCCAGCUCAUGCUGGAGGCUCUGGAUGGAUUCUUCAUAGCGAUAAUGACAGACGGGAACAUCAUCUAUGUCUCUGAGAGCGUGACCUCCUUGCUGGAACACCUGCCGGUGAGUAGGACUGUCUGUGUUUCGAUUAGUACCACAAUACUAUUGGAUAGAAGCGUUUGUUUACAUUUGGUUCCAAUGCAUUGUACCAAGAGCAGCAUUAUCUGAUAUAAUUUGACCAGG